AUGUCAGACCAGAAUCAGGACAUGGCCAGGAUAUGGCAGCCUGGACCAGAUGACCCGCUUACGAAAUGUCAGAACAAGAUACACGACCUCGGAGCUGAGCUUCUCGGCUACGUUAGACGGGGCGAUGGAACGCCGGCGUACUUCGACUGCGAUGAUGACACGGGCGCGCGUACAUUCGUGAUUUUUGAUAUCCCGCCCAAGAGCGAGUCGCUCACCACGAUCAAAGUUGAUUUGAAACGAAGUGAGGCAAACGUGAAAAGGCUGGAGGAACAGCUUGCGACCCAGAACCUCGAAAUAAUGGCGCUCAAGGAGUUCUACGACAAGAUCAAAGGCACCGAGCUGAAAGCAGUGAAGCCACUCGCAGGCGCAUCAUCCCAGGGCUCAGAUCCACUUUCGGAUCGACAAAGGGGCCUAAUGCGGAUGGCGACCCGUCGCCAUCCAACGAGGAUCAAGGCGAAAAGGCCUGAUAGUAGCGGGCAAGACCAGUCUGAUAGGAACCUCACCGGCAGGAACAAACCCCGGGACCGUGGUUCUAAUGCUGAAGACAGCGAAAGCACCGAAAGCGACCCUUCCGCCGUCGAAGAUUCGGAAUACUCAGGCGCAGAUCCCAUGAAUUCCUCCGACAGCGAAGCCAAGGCCAAGAAGAAAACGCCCAAUCCUAAAAAGCGAGCUGCUGCUACCACCGCCCCCUCUCACACUCCACAGCGAAAGAAGGCAAAGGCAAAGGAGCCCGAGCCCGAUCGAGAGCCCGAAACAUACAAGACAGCUGGCGGUGAAGUCCUCGUAGAGGGCAACUUCAUUUUUCUGCGCGACAUUCAGGAGAUGCCCAUUAAGCGCCGACCCUAUGUGUUUGAGUAUCCCGAAGAUUCCAAUAAUUUCUGGGUGCUCCGAUGUCCCUCGUCACAUUGUAACAUGUCCGCCCACACUGGCUGGUUCGUCGACCAUCCCGUGUACAAGGACUAUGCUGUGAAUCACUACAUGGCUUUUCACGAACGAAGCAGAUCAAUGCAAAAGAUCGUUUCCGCAGGCGGUACACGAGUUGUCCCUGACCUUGAAGAUGAAACCGAAGGAGCCAUGUCUGACGAGCAGUUCCAUGAGAAAAUCUUGAAUUUCAACGACGAAACAAAGCAGAUUCGUUUACAGACUCGUGAAUGGUCUGUUCAUCCGGAAAGGCAAGAUGACAGGUGCAAGAAGGUGGAGAAGAAAGCGAAAUGGGUUUGGAAAAAGAAGCAGGCAGAGGCUGCGCCCAGCCAGAAGAAGGGUGGGAAGACAUCAAAGUAA